AUGACAAUGGAAGAUCCGCCUCAUAACCCGCCGGGUGAGGGUCUUGCGACUCCAAACGGUGCUCAAAUACCACGCUCUCAACGUCCUUCCAUCGCCGCCUCAAUCGCCGAUACGGCCUCGUCUUUCGGAAACGCCACAUCGAUCGCAGAGUCAAGGAAUUCCCAUGCAAAGGUCCCCAUCCCCCGUCAUCGCGUUGGAGUGGCUCCACGGUAUAAUCGACGAGUACCCCGAGCUUGUGAAUCCUGUCGUCAGCGCAAGACGAAAUGCAGCGGUGACACCCCGGUUUGUCGCCAGUGUCGCGAGUUAAGGGCUACCUGUAAUUACCCUGUUGGUUGGAAGGAAAGAACGAAGAAGUACGACAAUCAUUUCUUUCUACCAAAUGCGAUUUUCGAUCUUAAAGAAGUAUUGCUAAACUAUUGGGUGCUGUUUAGGCAGGUUGAAAAACUUACGGAAAAGGCACAGGACUAUGAAAGUCUCUUGAAGGAUUUGGGAAACAUUGUGGAGAGUCGUACUGCGGACCGAAUCAAAAGCUUGCUGGACAAGCAUGGUUUGGAUGUGGAAUACUCAUCAAAUAGCAAUCCCUCCCAUUCGGUCACACCUCAGGAUGAGGCCGCAGAGGCAGAUGAACCAAGUUCACCUUCAUCUAUUGGCUCGCUCGAAGCCAUCGAUCGAGUCGAAGAAGACUUGAAUCGGAACGAACGCUCACGAGCCACCGGCUACAUGGGAAAGAAUUCUGAGGUGACUUGGAUGCAGCGACUCCAACGAGAAGCCGAACAUCGAUCACAAGGAUUACCAGGUUCAUUAGAACCAGGACAGAGCAAAAGGCAGGAUGAUGAUCUUGCCCUACAUGCUGUCAAUUACCAUUUGGACGAUCUAGAUAUCUCGGUCCCUGGGCCUGUAGACAUCUAUGGACUUCCUUCCCGUGAGCAGGCCGAUCAUUAUUUUGAUGAUUACCUGCGAACCGUCCAUCCAUUUUUCCCUAUCAUCAAUCGACCUCUCUUCACUGCCCAAUUCAAAAAGUUCUUCGACAGCGACGCACAGCCCGGUGACAAGUGGCUCGCCAUCUUAAAUAUGAUUUUUGCCAUCGGAUCCAAACAUUCUCAUCUCAUUGAAGCGCCAUGGCGUGGGGAGGAGAAGGACCAUUUGACAUACCUCACUCGAGCUAGGAUACUUAGCAUGGAUGGCGAAGUCCUAUUCAGCCAUCCUGAUCUCCAGCAGGUUCAGGUAGAAGGCCUGAUCGCCUUCUAUCUGCUAUCAUCUGAUCAGAUCAACCGUGCUUGGAGGAUAUCGUCAUUGGCAGUUCGGUCCGCGAUCACUCUUGGCAUCAACAUGAAAAGUAGCAGUCCAACAACACCAAACAUUUCCAAGGAGGCUCGCUAUCGGGUUUGGUGGUGCCUAUACACAUUUGAGCACCUGCUAGGUAUAAUGACCGGCCGAGCUACUUGUAUCCUGGAUGGAAUUUGCACCACACCACUGCCACUUCCCUUUUCAGAGGAAGACUUGACUGAACCAGCAGCAGCCGAAUUACUCAACAACACAGUCAUUCGAGAUGAGCGUAUUAACACUGUAAUGGCGAGUGCAUGGGUUCGGCAUAUGCCACUCAACCCAACUGGUGGCAAAGAAGCCACUCAUACAUCCCGCACUCGCGACAAUUCGUGGGUGAAGAGUUUGCCUGUCAAUGCCGGUCUUUGUCAUCUCUAUUACUGUGAUCUGGCUGUCGUGACACAAGAAAUCGUGAACAAAGUAUACUCGGUAGAUUGUGUGAUGGUGCCCUGGGCUCACAUUGAGAACCGAAUUGGCGAGUUGAGAUCUCGCAUUGACCUUUGGUAUCACAGUCUCCCAGCUACUCUCGACUUCACCAAAAAGGAAGAUGAGGGCCCUGAACGACUUCGGUACAAACUGGCAUUAGCCUUCCACUACUACAGUGCAAGGAUCACACUAGGUCGUCCCUGUCUUUGCCGACGCGAUGCACAGAAGAAGGCACCGGCAGAGAAAUCCACAUUCAGCCACGACAUGGCCGAACUUACCCUAGAAUCUGCAAAUCUCAUGCUCGAUCUUAUCCCUGAUGAACCGAACGCCAUCCAACUCUACGAAAUCGCCCCCUGGUGGUGCAUCCUGCACUAUCUCAUGCAAGCCGCAACCGUCCUCUUACUCGAGCUCUCCUUUGGAUGUGUACACAUGCCCGAGGAAGAGAAACUAUUCAUCGUUCUAGCGAAGAAAUCCAUCCGAUGGCUCUUCGCCAUGUCCGAGCACAGUAUCGCUUCCAGACGCGCAUGGCAAUUAUGCGAUAUUAGUCUUCGCCGGUUAUCCAUGGGAAUGAAAUUCGAUAUGAGUGAUAUGCCUGAAUAUACCUACCAAGCCGCACCAACCUCUACCCUCUCACUCGAUCAACCUCAAGAAAGUACUGAGACCCUAAAUCCUCCUUCUACGGGUCUCUGGAACCCGCAAUUGGAAGAUUUGUCCUUGGCUUCUCAGGACUCGGCUUUCGGAACGGAUCACUAUAACAGUUUACCCAGUUUCUCGGAUGUCCAUACCUCAGACCCGAUGGCUACUCUCUCUCCGAAUCAAGUUACGGAUGAUAUGUACUUCCCAUAUGAUCCUAUCAGUGGAGAAUUUAUUCGUUCGUUCUUCCCUUACUCGAGUGAGGAGAUGAACUUGGAUCAAGCUUAA